AUGUCCGAUAUGUACCGUCGAUAUGCGUUGCCGUUCAAAACAGACGGGCCACAGGAGGCCGUCAUGAUGACACCGAUUCUGAAAAGUGUCAUCGAACAUUCAAAGAAAAACUACGACAAUGAAAUUCCGUCAAAACGUCGGAGACGCCGUAAGCAGGACGAAUUCAGGUACAUGGAACUGAAAAUCACCGGCGAUAUGAAGGAGAUGAUUGAUCAGAGAAUCACUGGUCAGACUCAGCAGGAUAAAUGGAAGGUAUUUCAAGAGACGGGGAUUCCCCCUGACCCCAAUACAUGGAGUGUGGAGCACACCGCAACAUGGAUCCGAUGGCUGAACGAUGUAUGUUGCCUUGAAAACACAUUCAGUAACGUGGUCACCACUCUCGGAAUCGAUGGCGCAACGAUAUGUUCCAUGACUGAGCAAGAGUUCUCUCGGAAAUUCUAUCACCAUGGCGACAAUGCGGAUGUAACCUUUCGCCAUCUACAAUUCUGGAAAACGGUGCCACCAUUUCAAAUAGAAGAAAGACCAAACAUUACGCCGAUAGAACUAAAAAAGAUGCGGAAAUCUCGUGGUAAACAUCGGUCGAAGAAAGCAGACCCACCUGAUUGCAAUUUGAAUGAUCUGAACUCCACGAGGGUGGGCAGUACCCAAGAAAAUUUUGACAUGCCAGGUAUCAAGGCGACGGAGAGUACUAUAUCAACCCAAGAUGAACAAUUACGUCCAAUAGAUAUGAGUUUAUCAUCCCGCAAAAAAACGGAUUUAAAGAUUUCACCUAUCAAGAGUGACCCCGUGUCUCAAGAAACCGCCGUCAAUAUCAUACCCACGGGUAUCGUAAAUUUUUACAACUCGGUCCCUGGAACGGAUACUCCUGCGAUGAAUGAGGAUGCGCCAGACCUGAGUACACUCUUGAAACGAAAACGUGGACGUCCACCCAAGCAGAAGCCUGCUACAAACUUUGAAAUCAAACAGAAAACACACCCAAUUCUGUGGAAGUUUCUUCUGGAAAUGCUCGACAAUCCAGAUAUGGUGCACUGUGUCCAGUGGGUCAACAGGGAAGAGGGUCUCUUCAAAUUCGACUCAGGACAGAAGGAGUUCAUCGCAGUCAAAUGGGGAGAACGCAAGGGCAACACCAGGAUGACGUAUCCGAAAAUGGCGCGUGCCUUGAGACAUUACGGAAAAGUUGGAAUCCUUAUGGGAAAUCGACGAAGGCUUCAUUAUAAAUUUAGCCCCACGUACAUGAAAAAAAUACCAACCUGAAAAUGCAAAGAAUGACGUUUGAGCGAAUAAAACAAAGUGUACCAAUAUUAUUACAUUUAGGGAAUGGUUCAUCCAUUUUAUUCGGUGAUGAAUUUGUUCUUCUUGUUAAAUAUCACUUUUUUGGUCUAUAUUUUACUUAUUAUGUUCCUGCAAUGCGUUCUCUAACAUGAGAAGACGGCCUAGAGUACAUUCUAUAUAUAAUUGAAAUAACAGUUUUCCUACGCGUUUCUACAAGUUAGAUAGUCAAUAUAUAUAUUGAGGCCUGCGAGUGUUACCCAGUAUUGUUAAUACUUUUUGUUUCAAUCAUUGUUAUACAUUUAA